GUAGGGUGGACGACCUCUCCUAUCGCUUUCGACGAGAGUUCCAUGUUUCUCUUCUUUCCCGCGAAAUCGACGUUGCUCUCGAAGGUCUGGACGGGCUCGGACGUUCGCGGGAGAGGGCGUCUGGGGUGAGGUGGGCGGCACGCGUACGAUGGCUGCGGAGAGGUGCGAAUCGAGGCGAUCCCGAGCUGCGUGGGUUCAGCGAUGCAGAGACCGUGCCCAAAGCUGCCCAAAGAGAACGAACAGGCUUGCUCGAGCUGGCGCGGCUGUAUUGGUAUGGAGGAAAGGGCCACUUGACACUCUUCAAGCGGGCCGUAGCACGAGCCAUAUCCCCUUGAUUUUCGUCUGGAUUUCCUCGAUCCGAACCCGCCAGGGUGUCGAGGUACCGACCGGUACCCCGUUGCUAGACCUGUACAUGCGUGUAUGCAUGUAUGUAUCUCUACCUGGGAAGGGGCCGUGGUUAGAGGCGGCAGAGCGUGAGGAAGGAGGUAGGUACCCGACGGGCGCAGGCACGAUAAGACGACACAGCGGCGGCGCGCGAGACGCACAUGGCGGCACCGCUGCCUCGAAGGGAGUACCUGGUUCUUCGCCCUGCUGGGUCGGCGAGCGGGAAGCCGAGAGUCGCACGACGCUCCUCCGCGGGCAUCUCGUCGACAUCCUGGGGGUCACUUCGCCACCGGGGAGAACUAGGACUUACAGAGAGGCGUGACCGUGGGAGAUGUCCAAUACGACCCGACCUGCUAUUUCGGCAACUGCUGGACUGCCCAAAUGCGCCCCGGGCGGAGGUAGACGCGACGCUCGUGGCGGUCAUGGGCGACCUGGCGGGUAAUUUUAGCGACGGAGCAGGCCCAGCUAGUGCUUCUCUUCCGCCGUAUUUAGUCUCUCCCC